GUGCCUUCACCAAUCAAAAACUCAAACGACCAGCUCUUCCACUAAUCCCCGCCCACUUUCUCGGCCCUUACUAUAUAAACGCCCUGAGCGCUGGGCAGUUUCUCGCUCGUUGCCUUUCCAGCCCGGAGUGUUUUUCUGUCCUGUCCUCGCGCUGCACAGAGUCAUGGCUGCCAAGGCUGAACGCACCUUCAUCGCCAUCAAACCUGAUGGAGUUCAGCGAGGACUCAUCGGUGACAUCAUCAAACGCUUCGAGCAGAAAGGCUUCCGUCUCGUUGCCCUCAAGUUCCUGCAGGCCUCUGAGGAUCUGUUGAAGCAGCACUACAUCGACCUAAAGGACCGCCCCUUCUACCCUGGAUUGGUCAAAUACAUGGGCUCUGGUCCUGUCGUCGCCAUGGUGUGGGAGGGUCUGAACGUGGUGAAGACUGGCCGUGUGAUGCUGGGAGAGACCAACCCGGCUGACUCCAAGCCUGGCACCAUCAGAGGAGACUUCUGUAUCGAAGUGGGCAGGAACAUCAUCCACGGCAGCGACUCUGUGGAAAGUGCCAAUAAAGAGAUCACUCUGUGGUUUAAACCCGAGGAGCUGGUCUCCUUCAAGAGCUGCGCUUAUGAGUGGAUCUAUGAGUAAAGUGGACCGUACAAUCUCUCUUCCCCCUCUGUCCUGACUUGGUAUGGUCUGAUCUCUCACCUGUUUCCAUCUCUGUACUGUCUGAGUUUAUCAACAGGAGCACUUAAUAAAGUCCUCAGAACUUUCA